UGCGCUAGACGAUAUAAAAACGUGAUUCGGUGGCCUAUGCUGCGUCCAAUAUACAUCCUACCAGCCAGACCACACUCAACCAGCCACAAUGAACAUCCCAACCUCCGUCUCCCACUUAGAGUCUCUACCCGCAGAGCUCUUCAACCGCGUUUUGAGCUAUGUGUUUAAUCCUUACGGUCUCGAGAUCGAGGAGUCUAACACCACGUUCGGCGGUUACUGCUUCAAAACUUCCCUUCUGCGAACCAGCAAGAGCAUCCAUCAGCUUGUGAAGAGCUGUGUGCAUCACACGCUGUCUAGGAUACGGUUCGACAUCAACUGGGGCGCUUUCGCAAUCCAGCCACACUGGCUUGGUGUAAAAUACAUCAAUGUUCGUCAUGUCAAAGCCGCCAAAAUACUGCCGGACGGAUACCUGAACCUGAGUCUACGACCGCUACCUCAGCAAGCUCCAGGUGGCCGAUUGCACAUCGAGAUAGAGUUCCCACAUGCUAGUAGUGAAGCCCAGGAGGAGGUUACACGCAUGGUCGAGGAUGAUGCAAACGUCUCGAUGUCACUGCUAAUACUUGAGAAAGACCUACAUGGUUUCAUGCAGGUACUUCGCAUCAACGACCUAGCCUAUUGUCACCGCAACUUCCCAGGAACUACAAUCUCCGAUGGUGUACGUGCGCGUCCCGGUGUUCAUGGUAUAAAAUCUGAGAUUGCUGUCGCGCGUGGCCAACAGUUAGAGCGCUAUCAACAUCUGAUCUUAGAGUUUCACGUCAUGUGGAAUAUUCUCCACAAGACCCCCAUUGCUGGACACGCAGAUAGCCAUCUUGCUAAGACGUCUGCGGACUUUAUACAGGGGCAACAUGAACACCAAGCGCGAGAAUCGGUCGGUUUCUCGAAAGCGCAAAUGAACGCUAAAUUGUCUAUCGAGCUCAUGGGAGAAGGAGUAUCAUCUCUCCUUUGGCUAAAACACAGAAAGUCCCAAUAGGCCAUGCAAGUCAAUCCAGAAUCUUACAUCAGGUAUCUGCUUUCUUCCCCGAUGUUUUGGCUAUGGUAUUCGCUUGACCCGUCAACGCGUGUAUCUAGCUUGAAACUACUUGAUAAUCGCGCGCUUUUGCAAC